CAAGGAGACAGUUGCAUCCUAUUCUUGUGUACUGCGAGAGUGGUUGGAAUCUCCACCAGUUAGAAUUAAAUGAAGACAUUGAACAGAUUCAGAGGUGUGCUGCUAGAUUUGUUACUGCAUUUAGUGAAGGCAUUGAAAUGGGAGUUCAUGGCCUACGAACAUUUGUGGAAAGGCACUGUUCUAAUGUCUGCCGCUGGGUAGACAUGUCAACUUCAGCCUCCCUUUACAGACUUGAGACUGGCAGAAAACCAGUGAUUGUUGUUGAUGGACCAUCAUGUCUUAAAACAAUAUAUGGUCAGCUAAACUGGACAUGUGGUGGACAGUAUAAAGAGUUUAAAGAGGAGUGCAUUAAAUUUGUGAAGUUAUUUGAAGACCAAGAUAUAAAAUUAGUUUUCUUCUUUGAUGGUCCAGCACUAAAUGCAAAAAGAGAAACUUUGAAUGAACGAAGAAGAAGAGAUAAGGAGGCAGAUAAAAAGUUCUUUUACUGGUUGGAUAGUAAUCAUGCACAGGUUGAUCUGCUUCCCAACUGGAUGAAGAAGCCUGUAGGCCUUCAUUAUUAUGCCACAUAUAUUUUUCAACACUUUUGUGGCUGUGAGGUUUUUGUAUCUGUUAAUGAAUGUGAUGAGGAAAUUGUCGACUAUGUCCGCAGACAUUCUUGUUUUGGCAUUCUUGCUCGAGACACUGACUUCAUGAUACAUGCUGGAAUACACUACUAUUUUGCAGCGGACAGGAUCAAAUUUCCUACACUUAUUACAAUACGUUAUGAUAGCAAGAAACUAGCACACAGGUUAAGACUGUCCGAGGAGCAUCUCCCACUUCUUGCUUCGCUUAUGGGAAAUGACAUAGUCCCAUUAAGAAAACUAAGGGAAUAUCAUGAAAGCAUUAGCAGCCGAGGGAUGUACUGGUACAAGAACAUCGCACUCAACAUUGCCAACUAUAUAAGGAGUAUUCCAAUGGGAGACACCAUUUACAUUUUGCUCCGACUGAUAUGUUUUGAACUUUUACAUGAUCCAAGUAUGAGUGAUGUUUUGGCUGAAAGUAUUUGGAGCUACCUGCCACACCCAGACAUACCAAUAACAGGUAACACUGGUAGCGACUGGGAACGAAUACUUUUGACAGCUACUGAGAAACACAGGAAAAAUGAAAUACCAAUGAUAAUUCUCCGUGUGCUCAAAGAAGUUCCACAUGACUGUGGUGCUAGGAUGGAAGAUUUUGCAGACACUGUUUUCCCGCCAGCAUCUAUUGUUCUGGAGAAAACAAGAGAGAGACUUAAUACUGUGUUGCUGCUUGAGUGUCCUCGAACUCAGACUUCACAUGAGGUGUCUGUCAAUGGCAAAGACAAUAGGAACAGUAGACAUCGUGUUACAGUUGAGAGAUUUCAUCCAUUCUAUAAAGGAUAUCGUCUGGAGCGCUGGAGGCAAUCCUUCGACUGUCAGAGAAGGACCACAAAAUUACCCUACAGCUCAGAGCUGGUUCGAGAUCAGUCUACCUCGCGAUGGACAUACGAUUCUGCGGACAACGCUCGGACGCCGCCAAGAAUGGUCCGGAAACAAGUGAGACAUCCUGGUCUCAAUGUACUUUGGAACCCAAAGGCCAAUGAUGAUGAUACCGUGAAGGCGAGAUGGGGUCUAAUUGCUUGGGUAUUGUCUAAUUAUAUGCAACCUGAAAAACUAAAGAUUAUGCCAAAUCAUCUCAUUAUUCCAGCUGCAACAUUGUUUUACCUCAUACAUGAAGUUGACAAGGUAUUCAUUAUGGAAACUGAAGUUGAUUUGUUCAUUAUCAUGGCUAUAACUAUUAAUGAACAUGACUAUGAAUACCUAAAAGGCAUACCUGUCUCAAAGCCUAAUGCUCGAGGGUAUCGUUUGACAAAUAUUUAUCUUAAAACUGCAAUGCAUGUUUUCAAUACCAUUGGAGCAUGUGGCUUUCCUGUACCACCUCAAGAGUGUUUGCCAGAUACCUAUUUCGAUGGAAAAUAUUUUCAAGAUUUGUGGAAGAAGAUGUCCUUUGGGUUUGAUAUAAAAUCACUCAUCAAUAACCGGGAUGAUUACAAAGCACAGUACUUGCAAGUCAAAGAGUUUCUCACAAAGCAAAACACAAGUCUUGAAAUGUCUACUUUCUAAAAAAAAGAAAUGUGUAUAUUACUGUAAUUGGGAGAAACAUAAGGAAGAUGUUCUUGAAUACAAAUAAGAAGUGAAACAUGCAGUGGAUGUAAUUUAUGUUAUGUACCAGAAUCUUAGCAUAUGUAUUGGGCUGUUACAUGUUGCAUAAAUGCUCUAUGGGGCAGCACUACCAUUUAGUUGAACUGUACUAACACUAUUUGUGUUGACCACAGAAUUUUCAUGGUUUUUAUUACACCCUACUCAGAUAACACACUGUGGUCAGGGCAAAUAGUGUUGUUAUAGUACUGGGCUGUGUUAGCAAUAGAUUUGUUGACUUUUAUUGAAUCAUUUACAUUUUAAUUCAUCUAUUCAGUUUUGUAAAGUGAUUUAUAUUUUUGUAUUUAUUUUGCUAACUUUUAUAUCUGUCACCUGAUCUAAGUGUUUUAAGGACCAGACUUCAAAUUCAGUAUUUGGAGGUUCAGACGUCAGUGAAUCCUUUUUCUGACACUUAUCACAUUUCAGGCAAUGCAUUUUUAUAUGUGAAAAAUAUUAAUGUCCACCUCACAUUCUCCUUCUACCAGAUAUUAUUUUACCUGACGUCUGUUACAUGUAGUGAAAUCCAUUGUCAAUGACUAAUUUCUUCAACCAGCCUUUUUACACUUUCUUCAAAAAUAUGUGCAUGUAGAAUAUAUUUUCAGUAUGUUUCAUCAUGUUUCACACUUGCUCCAAAACUGUGAGUGAAAAUACCUAUAUCAUAUCUUUUCUCAGGAAGAAACUGUUUUCAGCAGUACAAUUUCAAUCAUGUGUUUUCCAAAUCUAGAAUGGGCCAGUGUAUAUUUAACCUAUAUGUGAUCAACUUUUGAAAUAUAAUUUGAUAUUAAUAUUUGACCUGUUGCGUUACAUAGAAUAUUGUGUGGAUUAUGUAUCAUGUUUUAGACAUAGGUAGACCAAUAGACUUCAGGCCCAUAAUGGAAUAUGGUAGCUUUAAAAUAUGAAACUUGUUAACAUUUGUGUUAUGUUAACUAUUAUUUAACUGCAACAAUGUACCUUAUUUUGGACAAAUCAGUACCUUAUAAUGAUGUAACUAAUUGUGUUAGAAGGCUUAAUUUUUUUCUCACCCUUGCAUCAGUACUAGCCAUGUAGCAACACUUUCUGUGUUAAAUAAAAUCUUACAACACACUUGAAAUUUUAAAAAUAAUGGUACUCUGACAUCUUAUUGGAGAAAAAAACUUCUUAAAAAUUGCAGAUAUUAUAAUUUAAUGGUUAUUUUAAGACUUCCUACCUCUCGAAACUGUAAAAAAAAUGUUGCAGCAUUGCUUUCUGCAACAAAUCAUAAACGCCCAGAUCGCAUAAUAAUUGAAGGGUCAUUCCGUGUCACACUGCCAAAUUUCAGAACAUUUUCCUGCUUAACCAUCAAAGAUUUGGAUGAAAUUUGAUGUAGAUAUUCAUAUAAGUCUCUGAUGAACAUUUAACAGUAAUCAAAGCAAUACUGGCUAAGGUAUAGUCACAUGUUUCACUCCAUGCAUGACUUUGAGCAGGGUGACCAUGAAUUUCUGGUGAAUUUUAAUUUGGCCAAGUUGUACAACUGUAAACGUUAAUAAUGAAAAGAAUUUUACAAGCCAUAUUCAGCCAGAAAAUUGUAGACAAAAUAUCCCAAAAACAUCGGCACUUGAAGAAAUUUAAAAUGUGUAUCGUAAAAUUCUUUUCAUUAUUAUUCUAAAAUGAACACUUACAGUUGUACAAGCUGGUCGAAUUCAUUCCAUCCAACAAAUUAUUGCCUGAGAUAUAACAGCUCAAAGUCGAUAGAAGUUCACACUCGCUCUGCUCAAAGUCGCGCAUGGAGUUAAGCAAGUGACUAUGUCCUGUCCAGUAUUGCUUUGAUGAAUGUUAAACUUUACCAAUGUAUAUCAGGGAUAUGUGAGAAUGUUCACAUAUUUUUUUUUCAAAAUCAGUGAUGG